AAAGUUUCAAAGUUUUACGAUUACGCGUAUUUGCAACACUUGCGUUCCCGCACUCGUAAGAACAGUAUGACAUAAGUAUUAACUUUAACAAUUAAUGUGUUUAACAAUUAUUAGUGAAUCGAUAUAUUAUAUAUUUUGUGUGACUAUUGUUUAUAAUUAUUUACUGUUUACAAAUCUUUAUUUAUGUGUAUAUUAUCUCUGUUUAUUCUAUAAUAAUUUCUUAGUAAUUGCACAAUUUUUCUGUGUAUGCGAUAUUCUCUUGCAUAUUUAACGCAUUAAACUCUCCGUCAAGAAGGGUAAUCGUAUCUCUCUGCCGCUUGACACGUGCGUUUCUCUUUAUAUACAAAGCUGUCGGGGUGAUAUUGGAUAACAGGAUGUCUCGUAAAUCUAAGAGCGCAUAUAUUAACGAUUUUUAGCUCCUUAUAUUGCCCGUGCACAGGACAAAUAAAAAGCGCAGAGAUUUUUUCAUUCUACAGAGCGUAUCCUUAGAGCCACAAUGAUACAUAUUUCUCAACAAUUUGCCGUCGGUAUUACGAUGUACGCGGCUAUAAUCUGCGGAGGAUCCGUCGCAGAUCUUGAGAGUAUCUUUCUGCGUAUUUACGUUGGAACUACUAUAGAUAAAUACGUCGAUUACUCGUUAAAAAAUACCGAUGCACUCUUAUCUCAAAUACAAUACAGCAAGCCGACAAUACUGUAUAUUCACGGCUAUUCGGAACAUCUGGAGAAAGAAAGUGUACAAACAAUAGUACAAGCUUACUUAAAGCGAAAUGACCACAAUAUCAUCGCAGUAGAUUAUGGUAAACUGGUGAGCCAUUCGUACUUAAAAGCUGUGAGAAACGUUCCUAAUGUUGCAGCCGCUCUCACAGUAACUCUCAAUAAUAUGAUAGCGUCGGGUUUCAAUUCAGAAAAGUUACAUAUCGUAUCACACUCUUUAGGCAGCCAAAUCGCCGGCUAUAUCGGCAGAAGUGUCAGUUUUCAGAUUCCUAGGAUUACGGGAUUGGAUCCCGCCGGUCCCUUUUUCAAUCUUCUCGAACCUCGUCUCACGUUCUCCGAUGCUCGUUUCGUAGAUAUCAUACACACGGAUGUUAAAUUUUAUGGUAUUGCUAAGAUUACAGGCACGGUGGACUUUUUCCCAAAUGGUGGUCUACGUGUACAGCCUGGCUGUCCGUUAAACGCUACAAUCAACACUAAACAAGAUUUUUGCAGUCAUCAUCGUUCUUGGAGAUUUUAUGCCGAGUCGUUAACCGAUGAAUCGGCCUUUCAGGGCGUGGAAUGCCCUUCGCUAUAUUACUUUUAUUCUGGCAAAUGUAAUAAUAAUACGCGAGUCAUCAUGGGAUACGGCACUCCAAGCAACGCGCAAGGAAGCAUUUAUUUAAUGACGGCAGACCAGAGUCCUUUUGGAUUGCACGAGGAAGGGACUCAUCUGUAAUCGAGAGUUGACUGUACAAUUAAAUUGCAAUAUUAAAAAGAAUAUAUCUCAAGAUCUAGAAUAGCGAACCCUUAUAAAAAAGAACGACUAGUACGUCUAUUGUUCGAUACGCGCAUUUCACAUCAUGCUAUAUUCAUAGCAUAUUGAUUUUUCUGAAGAAGAAUUAAGAAGAAUGAAGAAUUGAGUACAAUGUGUCUUAUUUCUUGUAAUAUUAAGUUAUAAUCAUCGCUGUAUUAUUCUACAUAUUGAUUUUUCGUCUGUUAUAUAGUAGCAGUUUUCUAUUAAUUUAAUUCUUGUUUCAUAGAUCAAUCCAUCUAUUCAUCUAUUGAUCGUGAUAAUGAAAGAUAGCAUUUACGCUAACAUUUAUUUUUAAAAACUUACAAUAAGGCGGAACUAUAUAGUCACGAUAAUAGCAUAAAAGAUAGUCUUUAUAGUAUCGUAAUGUCUCAAUUACAACGAUUAGUAAAACUUAUUUAUGCAUGAAUUAUCAAAGGCGGAAGUCGAGAUAAUUCUUUUAGAGAGAAUAAGAAAGCGGUAUAGAAUAAAAUGUUGAUGCAAAGAAACAGAAACUGCAAUAAAAUAGC